CCCUUUCUAUAUCCAUAUACUCAUUCAUAUCUUCUCUCUUUUUUCUUUAAUUUUUCUCUCCUUCUCUCCACCUCAAGCCCCCGUGCCUUCCUCCUUCAAUUUCUUCACAUUCAUUCACACCAUCACCGACUCAAUUUUUCGAUCGAUCCGUCCCUCCAUCUCUGCCAUCUCUCUUUUCCGUUUCAGGCGUGUAAAUGUUUUAUAGUGUUAAAUUUCUUUGGGAAGGAAUGACACUGGCAUCAAGAUAGAGCCUCCUGGAUAAGGCAGAAUUUGCUUGGAAUUAGAAAUAGAGGCCGAGGAGAUGUCUCCAGCAUCCAAAGCUAAAUCAAAGGACAAGAAGGCGGUAAAGGAACCUUCAAAGGCUUCUUCAAAGUCUUCAGGCCAUGCUAACACAGGAGCUGGGGUUCCUGCUAGUGGAUACAAUCCACUUUUGGGAACAUUCCACACAAUUGAGACAGCACCAUCAUCAUCCCCUGCCCCUCUUCAUGUUAAUGGUAGAUUCCGGAAUAUAGAUGAGACUGAUGAUCACAGUGGGAACUCAUUUGGGACCGGUGUUGAGUAUGAUUCUGUUUCUAACAACGGUAGUUGGUCUGGUGAGUCAGAAGAUCACAAGGAAAAAGCAUCGCAUCCACCUACCCGUCAGGAAACAGUACCUGGAGCUGACAAUGAUAAGCGAGAAAAAAUUCGUCAAAAGAAUGAGAGGAAGCAUCAGCGCCAGAAGGAGAGGCGAGCCCAAGAGUUGCAUGAGCGGUGCAGUGGCUAUCUCAUGUCAAGAAAGCUAGAAGCAUUGGCUCAGCAGCUUGUGGCAAUGGGUUUUUCUCAAGAACGGGCAACAAUGGCUCUCAUUUUAAAUGAAGGAAGAGUAGAGGAAUCAGUAGCAUGGUUAUUUGAAGGAGGUGAAGAAGCAGAUAAGCAUAGGGAACAUAACCUUGAUAGUGGGAGUAAUUUGAAAAUUGACAUAUCAGAAGAGCUUGCUCGAAUUGCAGACAUGGAAAUUAGAUACAAGUGUUCCAAGCAGGAAGUAGAAAGGGCUAUAGUUGCCUGUGAGGGUGAUCUUGAUAAGGCAGAAGAAUCUCUGAGAGUCCAGAAACAGGACCCUCCUUCUGCCCCACCUAAGCCAGAAGAAACUGGUGAUCCACCUACCAUAGGCAAUGGCAAGCUUCCAGUAGCUGCAAGUCAGAAUCCAUUGAGGAUACAAUCCAAACCUUCUCCAGCAAUUACCAUACAGCAAAAAAGAGAUGAGAAAGAUUUCAAUUACACCAGAAUUGCAGUUACAACAGGGCCUCCACUGGAUCCUGGAAACAAGAACCUGCAGUCGUUAAAAAGGAUUCAACCAUCAAAAAUGGAGUGGGCCAAUCCGCAACAAAUUGGUGUUCCGGCAGAGAAACGGUGGCCAAUUGCUGGAUCAAAUCCUUCUGUUUCUUACUCUUUGGCGUCAUCAUUGCAGGCCUCACCUGCACCUUCUAAAGUGGAAGCUCGAUUUGUGACUCUUGGAAGUGAACUGAAGAAUCUACAGAUAGGGUCUGUCAGAGAACCUGUAAUAGUAAUGCAGCGCCCGCAGAACAUGAAUGUAAAGCAGACGCCUAGUACAAGUGUAAGUUCAUCUUCACCUGGGACAGCUGUGGGAUGGUAUCCAAAUAGUAUGGAAACUUUGAAGCCCAAUGGAUUAAUGCCCCCUGUUUCUGGUGCAAGAAGUUUAAGUCCAAACAGUGCAAGUACAAAUCAGCUGUACAACCAGUUUCAGUAUCAGCCUCAGCAGCAGUUUGUGUCGAGCAGUGGCCCGAUGGAAUCCCCAGGUAUAAGCCGUGGAAAUGGUUUAUGGAGCAGAACAGGAGCAUCUCCGACACUUGCUCCUGCAUCCAAUCUGGGUCUUUUCUCGGGGCUAGGCACUAAUGGCUCGUCAGGCUCCUCAUCUCCCGUGGACUGGAAUACAGGUGGCUCAAUGAUGCAGUUAGAUUACACCAACAUUGACUGGAGUUUGGAUCGUGGGUCUUCCAUUUCAAGGCCGGGUGGUUUGUGGCCUGGGAUGAACUCAUUCAUGCAAAAUGAGGCUCCUCGUACAUAUGAUUCAUUUUCUUCUGGAAUGGGUGUAAAGUCUGCCAUGAGACCCGUCCUGUCCAAUGGGAGUAGGGUUCCAAUUGCAGGGCUGCAGGAUGGAGUAGGUCCUUCUGAAACGUCAACGAGUGGUUCUCGUGAGUGGACUUCCCCCUUUGAGGAAAAAGACCUUUUCAGUUUACCCAGACAGUUUGUUUCCUCCCCCUCUCUGUAGGAUGGCUGGGAGGACCUAAAACAAUAAAAGGAAAAAGAAAAAACAAGAAACUGUGCUUGAAUUUCAUGUUGGUGUUGGUUCUGAUGCUUUUGCCCGUUUGAUUGUCAUUGGUCAACCUUAGUGGAAAAAGCAUCUUAAGUCUUCGUUUAUUGUUCUUCUGGUC